AUGACUGCCUUAUGUUCAGCCCUCCCUUUGUUUUCUGAUCAAACCAACGCAUUCGGAAAUUAGUUCUCUUCUCAAAGUUCUUUCAGAACCCUAAAUUUCGAAGAUAGUUUUAGGCGAUUAACUUAUUGGACGAGUCAAACGAUGUGUGUGUGUUUUAUGGCCUGAUACUACCGUUACCAACCAAGAACUGAGAAUAUGACAGGGCGGGGCGUUAGGCAUACUACUACCGUUGUGAUGCUUAGCCAGGCUGAGCAGCAGCAGCAGCAGCAGCAGCGUGAAUACGAGGAUAAGAAGCCUUUACAUGAAGACGCAGCAUCUCGGCUCGUGAAAACCGAGCCUCUUCAAAUACCCGAAUUUUCAAAGAGGAAGCGCCUUGACCAAACUCAACUUAAAGAAAUGAAAGCAGCCUCUCUGCACGGUAAGAGGAGUUGGAGUAGCUGCAAGCGUCGCUCAAAAAUCCAAGUCAGAUGGUCUGAUGAGAGGUAUAAGCUGGCGGAGCAAAGCAUGUUGGAGAUUUUGAAGGCUGAAGGAGCAACAUUUGAGAAUCCCAUAACCAGACCCGCACUCAGAAUGGCGGCUCGUAAAUGCAUAGGCGACACGGGUCUGCUAGACCAUCUACUGAAGCACAUUGAUGGAAAAGUCGCGCCAGGUGGGGCUGAGCGUUUUCGGCGCUGGUUUAGCCGCAAUGGAAUCAUGGAGUACUGGCUUGAGAAUGCUGACCUCGCUAACAUACGACAGCAGGCCGGUGUGCUGGAUCCAUACUGGAUUCCACCCUCAGGAAUAGGGUUGAGGCCAUAUGAGGAUUCUGUUUCUGCUGAAGAAAUGAAGCUGCUUAAGGCAGAGCUGAACAAAAUGAAGAGUGAUAUGCAGGAGCUGUUGUCAAAGAAGAAAGAGCAAUCUCAAGGCAAUCAAUUUGGGGAAAUGUUCAAGGAAAUUGUGAAGUGGAAAGUUGAGACUGAUCAAAACCUGAAAGUGAUUUUAAGUUCUUGGAAGAGCAUGCAGGACAUGUAUGAGGAGUUAUUUGCUUGGAAAGCCGAACUCGAGCAACAGCUGGCAGAUAUCAGAAGUUUGCUAAGUAGUACACAGGAAAGCAAGCAACAUCCUGCCUCCAGCACUCGAGUUUCUGAAGGAUGGGAAGAUUGGUUAGAAAGCACGAAGCUGGAUGAUGUUGUUCAGGGAAAUGAACUUUUACCUUGGUUUGAUAGCACCGACAACCUGGUUAAUGUCGAACAGGAGGUUGUGAUGCAAGAUCCUUUCUCAUCGCUGCCCCUUUCAUUUCAGCCUGGCGAUAGCCCAUCUCAGGGCUCGGGUUUUGCAAGAGAGCUGGAGCGAAUCAACAAAGAUAUGAUGAAUUCAAAUAAAGAUGACCAGGAGUUUGUACUCAAGAAUCCAAGGGAAGAUCAUCAUGUCAAUGUUACCCCAGAUUCUUCUACAACUGUCAAUUCGUGGUCUGAUAACUCACCUUUUAAGUGUCAGGAAAUGUUUCUAGAGUUGUUUAAUUGGAAGGCUAAAAUGGAACAGAAGCUGAAUGAGUUAUCUAAAUCUACCAAUAUCAUUAGGCAGUCAUCAAAACCUUAAAACCCCUUUGGGGGGCGCUUCAUCUUCUAGCUCUAGAAGAAAGAAAUCACUAAUCAGUUUUUUUUUUUUUCGUUCCUAGAUUAGAGAACCUUAGUCACCUUAAGUAGCCUAGGAUUCAGAUCUUCUUCUAAGUUGCCUUAAAACAUGAUGCCUCAACUUCAAAUGCAACCACUAACUAGUACUAGUAGGAUUGAAUGGUUUAAAACAAAAGCUAAAUUAUCAACUAUCUGACAUUAUGGU